AUGAUUGUUUUACAGACUUUCGCUUUGAUGGUUGUAUAUCUUUUUCGAGUCGACUCAAAUGAAAGAGCCGAGAAGGUCCUGGCCAUUGCGAUCUCCCAUGCUCAUCAUUUGGGUCUUCAUCGAUCUAAGGUGGUAAACUGUAUGUCAGCUUUCAACGGCGAGAUGUUUAGGAGAGUUUGGUGGUGUCUAUACGUCUUGGAUCGGAGAUUGGCAAUUGAGACUGGCCAUCCCAUCCUAAUCCAAGAUGUGAAUGUCGAUGCCCCGUAUCCUCAAAAUCUUGGCAAUGGCUGGCUUGCCGCUCACCAAACAGAUCAAAAGAGCUGCCUCGACUUGAGCGAUGACAUCAGCACCGAGAUCGAUCGGGACAUUGCCACUCCCAUCCCAUAUCUUGUUGCCACUAUACAUUACUCGAGCGUGGUGGGAAAAGUCUGGGAGGCCGUAUACAAUGCCCGCGACAGUAAUAUGGUUCCCAGUGCACAGCUGCUAGACCAACUGGAAAAUGCGAUCUCACAAGCGCAGGGAAAGAUCCGAGCUGAAUUCUGGAUUUCAAAUGAAGACCGCCCGCAAUACUGUCACACCCCUGCCACUGCUCCAUGGUGGCGAACGAAGCAACGAAUGGUUAUGCGCAUUCGAUGGUUAUGUCUUCGCCUCCUCAUCCGCAAACCGAUAUCACGCGAACCGAAUGUCUCGAGCUCGCCGAACGAUAAUACUACAUGUAUAACUAUUGUGCGCGAGAUACUUCAAGAGUUCUCUGAAGUGCCGGAAGCCAAAGCCAAAUCGGCAUUCCCGUUCCUUCACUAUCUCGUGGGGGCUACAAUGGUCUCUCUAGGCUUGAUUUUCAAGCAACCUGACUGUAAAUCAGUUCUUGGACCCCUUACUUUACAGGCAGCAGGCUCGUUAGAACGCUAUUGUCAGAAUACAUGGGUCUCCGGAAAAAUGAUCCGAACGAUAUGGAAAUUGGAUCAAAUGGUCAAGGGUGUUAUGCAAAGUCCCGUUCCUUUACAGCCAUCUGCACCUGCUAGCCCGCGACCUUCUACCGGCUUUGCAAGUGACCAGCCCACGAGCGAAGAAAAUAGUGCUCAGCGUGUUCUUCAAACCACAGUUCGGGGAAGCAACCCAAUUGAAAAACCAUCAUCGACACUUCGUACAGCAUCCGAGUUGCUGGUAAUAUCAAAUUCGAUGCCUGAUUUUCACUCCAAUGCUUCUUGUGAUCACACCGAAUGUCCGCAGCAGUCAUCCCCGGAUGGAAUUCCAAAUCUGCUGAUGGCCGAUUUUGAUUUUGAACAAACCACGCAGAACUUCCCGGCGGGGUCCCAUUUCCCAGGGAAUCAAAGUACCACAUCCCCACAGGACAUAGGUCAGGACUGGCUACUAUGGCCAUAUUUCAGUGGACAGCUCAUUCAGUCUGCGGACGCAGAACAGCAUUGGCUUCACGCAUUGUUCGACACUGAUGUAAACAAUUCCGGCUCUGUAACACCCAGCACAUUCGAAUAG